AUGCAUUCAGAUAAUGAACACGAGAAUGAUAAUAUUAAUCGAAGAGAUACCGAUUUUAAAAUCGAACGAUUUCUUGAACAAUCACAAAGUUAUUUAAAGCGAUUACCACCACUUAAACGACAAUUAAAUGAAAUUAAUCGUUUAUAUCAAUUUGAUUUAUAUGUACAAAAAUUAAACGAAAUCGGUAAAAUCGUUCAAACUUUAGCUCAAAAUAUUCGUAAUAUUGAACAGUUACAUUUACAAUUAACUGAAAAAUAUCGUGUAAAACACGAUCGAAAAAUACUUCUUCUUCGUACAGAAAUCAAUAAUGAAAUGUCAGAAUUUCAUACACUUCGUAAUCAAGCUAUGGCUUCUUCUAUUGAUGAAAAUUUGUCUACUGCAGAUGAUAGAAGUGAUGAUAAUAAUAAUACUGAACAGGAUCCAGAAUCAAAUGGACUCCGUCAACGACAUGUAACAGAAACAAAUCGUUUAAAUGAUUCAUAUGAUUUACUUGAACAAGAUCUAAUACUUUUACGUGAUACUAUGAAUGAAGUUGCUCAACUUGUUCAAUUACAUAAAGAAAAAAUAUCACACACAGAACAACUUAUACACAUAGCUCAUGAUCAAAUACGUAAUGCAUCAACAUUACUUCAAAAAGCAGUUCAAAAUAAAUAUAUUACAUUAGCAUCAGGUGCUAUACUUGGUGCUAGUCUUGGUGGACCUAUUGGUUGUAUUAUGGGUUUAAAAAUUGGUGCAUUAGCAGCAUUAAGUGGUUCAGCUGUAGGUGCUUUUUCAGUAAAUCGCAUGCAACAAAAAAUGAUACGAAAUGAACAACAGAUACAUAAUAAUCAUGAUUCAUACAAUCAAGCUAUGCUUUGA